ACACACACUUUGAUUAAUGCAUGAGCAUCAUGCUGGAUCGGACCUCAUAGCGGUGCACACUCCAGGACAGGCUUACCUUUGCUCGGCUCUACCCGGAACCAUUAUGCAGACAGGAAACUACCAUUUUACCGUUAGCAGCAACAGCAUCGGGGGAGCCGUCGUCUGCGGAGGGGGGACACCUACAGCAGCUGAGGCGGGGAGGGAGGCUGGAAGCCGGAAAGAAAAGCAGGAAAACCACGACUGAGACUAAAUAAAGAGGACGCCUUGGCGACGAGCGGCAGUGAGAGAUUGGAUCUGUGGGACUUCGGACUCAGACAAUGGUGAUACGGGAGCAGGCCAGCGGUUUUGUUAGCGAGUAAAAAGAAGCUGUAGCCCUCCUGGGCCGAUGGAGAUCCCGGGCCUUUCACGGUGCUUUUCCAUGGAUGGAGGAAAAGGCCCCGGUGACAGGCAGUAGGGAGCCCGCUUUCAGAGCGCACGUCCUCCCUCAUGUCCCCACACUUUUACCGCCGUGUUUGUGAGCGGCUUUUCUCCCACCGGGGUUUAUAUUUUGGAAGGUCGCCGUGCUGUGAUAGUUUGGACAGAGUGGGUUGGUUUUUUUCACUAUCUUCUUAACACCCAGCUGGAGUUUCGGAUCUUUGGAUUAGCCGGCUGCACAGAGGUCUGCAUCUGAGGACUGAAAGCUGCUGAAGAGAUGGUUGAUCCUCCUCUGAAAAAAACAACACACUCCACUCCUAGGAACCGCAUGGCCUGAUUUAUGGUCCCUAAGUCCGCUUACAAAAAUGGAACACUUUAUAGACACACUACAGACUUUUAUGUAAUUUAAUAAAUUCCUAUUUAUGACCCUUUAUAUAGCUUCUCACUUGAAGCACUUCAAGUUAGAAGGCUUCACUCCCUAAUCAAAAUAAGCUUAGUCAAACAUUGAUGAGAGCUGAUCAAUCAUUAAUUGAUGCUGGACUAAAGUGGCUCUUUCAAAGUUUUGGGCCAGGUCAGAAGCUGGACAAUCCCAGAGGUUUCUAAGGGCUCUGCUGUUUUGUACAAUUGGUGAAUAGAGUGGAAAUACCACAGUUGUAUUGAAAGAUGUUUCAGUUCAGCAAGUACCCCAUGGACAUCCUAGAGAUGCUGAGUGGACACCAAGCCCACCAGUUUAAAGGCCUCGGGCUGGAAAGACAGCUGAGCCACCAACAGCAGGUCCAACUGCAGCAUCAGCAGCAGCUGCAGCAGCAACACCAGUCCUCUACAGACACCUCUGGAAGCCUGCUGUCCGGUCUGGGGCUGGGAUCCCUCCAGAGCUCUCGAAGCAAUGCCUUCGCUGACUCUUCGUCACUGUUUGCCAAAAUGAGCGCCCCUCCUCCAUCCAUUUCCCAUCAAAGCCAGUCGUCCUCAUCUUCUCACAGCUCCAGAAAGUCCAGUAAGAUCAGCAGUGGUGGCAGCGGGAGUUCACCUGGUUACCCCCAGUUUUUGCGGCCUUUCCAUCCAGCCGAGGCAGCACUUGCUCAGGAGCAGCUCCACUCCGGAAUGGGACGCUUCGACUUCACUGGAAGCAGUACUGGUGGGACCACGGGGGUCAUUGGUGUCACAGCUGCUCCACCGCCUCCCCCACUGCACCCAGGUCUCUCUGUGCCUCAACCCUCUCCUGGUCAAUCUUCAUCUUCGCCCUCUCCCUCCACCUCAUCUUCAGCCUCUAAUAACCCCUCCGGCAGUACUGCGGUCCCCCUGGUUGGUCAGUCUGAUCCCCGCAGCCUCCACCAACAGUUCAGCUGUAUGCUCGCUGCCAACCAGUACUUUCUCUCUGGUGUCCCACCAAAUAGCGGCCUGGAGCAGUUCCUGGUCCAGCAGGGAACUCACAACCCCCUGGGUUUGGGUCUCGGCCAGGGAGCAACCGAAUCCAACUCAGCGCUGGCCCCUCCCCCUGCCCUCCACUCCUCUCAUAGCCACUCCGCCCCUCAGCCACAACAGCAGCAACAGCAGCUGACCCCUCAUUCCUUAUCUCAUCCACACAGCCACACUCACCACCCGCAUCCCCUCCACCCAGCCCCCCAACCUGCCCCAUUGAGUAGCUUUGAUUUCCAAAGCAUUCCGGUGCUCUCCUCAAACCAGAUAGCGUCAUUAAUGCAGCAAGAGACGGGCCUUCCCCUCCCUCUGCCCUUGCAUCUCUCACUAUCUAAAGAAGAUGCAGCAAAAUCUGGAGACAGCUCGUCUGCAUCAUCCUCAACUGGUGGAAGCAGGAGGAAGAAAGCGAUGGCUGGCUACCUGCCACAGAGGAAAGCUGAAAGUAGCGGCCACAGCCACACCGGCAGCAGUGGAACUAGCUGCCAUAACAGCAGCGCGGGUGGGCACACUCAGAGCCCCUCUUCAGGUCUCGUGGGAGGGGGAUCUGGGAGUGUAGGACUAAGUGGCAUCAGCAGUGAGACACAGCACUCCUCUCUCCUCUCGUCCUCCUCUCAGCAGCAGUCCUCGUCCACCAUCUCAUCAUCCCCAUCUGCCCCCACAUCUUCAAGUUCCACUUCUGUGCUUGUAGCCAAUGGCAACCAACAACUCUCGAAAUCACAAGAACGCCAUAACAGCUCGUCUGGUCAGGGAGAACCAGAAUCCCUCUACCACUGCGGUGAAUGCGGUAAAACCUUUACUCACCUGUCCAGCCUGCGGAGGCAUCUCCGAAGCCAUGGCUUGACACCGGAAAGCCAGAGCAGGAAGUCAGACUGUAACUCUCCCAGCCCAGAGAGGAUAUUCUGCUGUGGUGAAUGUGGGAAGAGGUUUAAAAAGAGAGGUCACCUUAUCCAGCACAGUGUCACCCACUCUGAGAACAGGCCUUUUGUCUGCAGCAUCUGCCAAAAGUCCUUCAAUCGCCGGGAGUCACUCACAAGACAUGAGAAAAUCCAUGACGAAAAGCCUUUCCGCUGCCCGGCAUGCGGCCGUUGUUUCCGUGAAAGCACCUCUCUGCUCAACCACGCUGCUUCAGGCUCCUGUGGGAAACCCCCACGGAGCUCAAAAAACCGGGCCAACAGUGGGGGCAAUGCAACAGCCAACCCGAGCAGCAGUAAACUGGGAAAUAGUGGAGAGGCUGGAGUGGGAAUUUCAAAUGAUGAAGCUGGCAUGACCGAAGAAAAGUAUUCAGCAGAAUUUUCCAGAAAUCGAUACCAGAACCAGGCGCAAUACAACAGUGGAAUCGAUGACUACAGGCGUUCACAGUCUUCCACACUUUAUCCCUCUGAGAAUACUUUAGGUAAUGACAUGACCAGCCAGACUCUCCGGAAAGCCCCUUUAGCUCCAACACUUCAUCCUCAUCCUCAGAGCCAGCAGCAGCAUCAUCAUCAUCAACAGCAGCAGCAGCCUCAGCAGCAGCCUCAACAGCCUCACCUUCCUUUAUCCGCCCUUCUGGAGGAUUCAGAGGAUGAGGUCACUAGCAAUGCAAUGUCAGCCAUUGCUGCUGCCGCCGCUGCUUCUUGUGACAUUAACCCAGAGAGUCGAGAAGGAGAAAGGAGAGACAUCAUUGGAGGUCUGCUUGGGGGGCUGGGGUUUGGCAACAUGGGAGGGCAUUCAUCAGCUAGCCUAAAUGGUUCAACCAUGCCUUUGACACACCCCAGCCUGCCCCAAACGAAGCCCAGGAGGCCACGAAAACCCAGAGAGAAAAGAGACCCAAACACGAUUGUGAGGAGGAGGAGGAGUCCAGCACCUCCAGGGGACGGCUCGGAGAGGCCGUAUGGCUGUCAGAUCUGCGGUAAGCGUUUCAGAAGGGCAGAGACACUGAGGCGCCACAACCGGGUUCACACUGGAGAAAAGCCUCACGCAUGUGAAGUGUGCGGCAAAAUGUUUCGAGAACCUUUCCACCUCACCAAGCAUCUGACCGUGCAUUCCGGUCAAAAGAACUACAAAUGCAAUCUCUGUGGGAAGCUGUUUGCCUACGCACAGAGCCUCGUUCGGCACGGGAAACUACACAGGAAGGGUGAAAUCGACAAUACAGGCCGGAGGAUAAAAGGCGGAGCUGCCGCUGCUGCAAUCAAUCAAGUUGCCAACUCUGGAAACUCUGAUUACUUCUCCUCAUGCUCCCAAGAAGAAAAGUCUCCAACGUCCGGCACGCCUUCGCAGCGGCUUUACACCUGCACAGUUUGUUGGAAGUCAUUUCGACACUAUUUCCACCUAACGGCACAUCAACAGACUGUCCAUGGCGGCGGGGUGGGCCUAGAGAAGUCUUUUCGGUGUGAAGUAUGUGGCAAAGCCUUUGCAUACUCAAACAGCCUGGUGCGGCACAAGCUGUCACAACACGGCAUUGACCGCAACGGCCAACGCGUCAACCAGUCUCAACCGUCCGGAUACUCUCCACUCUUUUACGAUUCUGGCUCAGGUUCCAACUACGCAGGCUCAUCCCACAUCCCACAAGGAGUUGCUGAGCAACAGCAGCAGCAACAGCAGCAGCAACCACCACAGCAGCAGCAACAACAACAACAGUUGCAGCACCCUUUUCAUUACCGCUCCAAAAACUUCCAAAAGCGCCAUGGACAGACAAGAAAGCACAGAAAGAAAAAAAGGCGCAUAGUAAUUCACAGCAUCAUGAGAGACGGGAAGCUGGUGGGGGUCCCUUUAAGUAAAGACACUCGCAGGAAGCUGAUGAUUCUGAGGAGGAAGAAGGGCAAGCUACAGGCACAUAUAAACAGGAAAAAGCUCUUGGCCCAGUUGAGGAUAAAAGGAGGAGUGAUGAAAGUGAAGUCAUGGUGCGGGGGAGCGGUCAGAGUAACUGGGCUCACCUCUAUGGACAUCCCUCUAAAACGGUUCCCUUGCCCCAUCUGCCCCAGUGCCACAUAUGCCAAACAGGGCUCCCUGCUGGUGCACCACGCCGUCAGACACCCUCCGAGAAACUCAGGCCGUCACGCACGACUGCGAUGCCAGGCAUGUGGGCGACGCACCACCUCCUUACACAAAGCCUUGAAACAUAGGGGUCGGCAUCUCAAGCAAGCUUCAUUCCAGUGCCACAAAUGUCAACACCGCUUCUGGAACCAGUGUCUCCUGGCCCGCCACAGGUUCUCCUGUCGGGGGACCAGUGCCGUCAGUGCGGCUGAGAACUGGGAUCUGUCAAGGAUGAGAUCACCGUCAGCUAGCGACCGUUCUCAAAGCCCGCUGACCGUUCCGGGUCUGAUCCAGGCUGAGAGAUCAACAGUUCUGACUGAGUACAGUCAGUGAACACAGACUUGUCUUUUUUUAGACUAGAUUGUUUUUGAUGUUUAUAUUUUAUUAAAUGACCUGAGGGCUUAGCAAGUUUUUAACAAAAUAGGGGUGAAACAUUGGGGAAGGUUUAGUUUAACUACCAGAAUAUCCCCACCCUCUUACCUGGAGAAAUCUGUAAACAAUCCUAGUAAGAUAGCAGAGGUGGUUGAUAAAAUGACUUUGACUUCUAAAGGCCUAAAAUCAAAACCACCCCAACUAUCUGCCUCCUGUUCCUUUAAGGUAAGGGAACUAAAGAUCAUGUGUUUUCUUUUGUAGCAUCCAUUUGAAAAUCAUCAGCAACUGUCCUUUUUUUCUUAAGCCCUUCCUCUAUAUUUGUGCAUCGACAGGAACUGGAUGCUUUCUACAGGGCUGAUGUAUCAGUUUGUUCGUUCUGACAUUCACAGUGAAAUCGUAUAGUCCUUAUUUGUUGCUCUGUGUUACAGUGAACAGACUCACUUUUUAUACCGAGGCGUUCCCUUCCAUAUAAAUUCAAGUCUUUAGGCUCUAAUACCAAGUAGCUCACGGAAAUGGCACAGUUUGAUCCCAGAUGAUUUACUGAAAAGCAGUUGAAACAAACAGAAAGGGUGACCAUGUUUUUAUACUGUACACUACUUUUGUUACUUUUUUAAAAAGGUGUGUAAAUGAAACGCAAACUCCGUUCAAGUUGUUAACUUGUUGAGGAUUUAAAAGGACAACUGAAACAAUGACUGUACUGUACAAUUAGUAUUAUAUUUUAUUAUAUAUAAAUAUCAUUUGAUUUAGUUUUUUUUGUUUGUUUUUUUCUUACUCCCCAUUUUCAUUUAUCAAGCUGGAACAGGAUAAACUGAGACUUUGGUAAAGGUUUACUGUAUGUAUAAAUGUGAUAAUUCACCCUCUUUCUCCUGAAUCUGUUCUCAUAUUGCCACAAUUUGGCAACAUUUUUGUAACAAAGGCGUGUAAACAUAGUUCAUAUUUAGGUCCUGUCCAGAAGUGCUUAUCUUUUUUUUUUUUUCCUCCUGUAAAACUAAAACAUGUACUAUGAUUAAAUUACUCUCCUUUGCCUAAAAGUGAGUUGUUGAAAACCCUUGAAUAAAAACCUAAAAUGUCA